AGUAACCGGCUUUGCAGGCGGAGGGCGGAGAGCUCCGGCAGCCCGCAACAUCAUGUGAAUGAGCAUCUUAAUUAUUCAUUUGGUUUGCUGGGUUGCCGCUACCCGUACGGCGUUGGUGAAGGUGAGUAAGACCAUGGCCGCGUCGAGUACCAGGCGCUGCACGAUACCUGACGGACUGUCCUUGCGCCAAUGCGAAGUGUAUCAGACGCUCAUUCAUGUCGCCGAGGGGCGUGAGGAGAGAGGUCAGGGCCCUCGACCCAUUGUGGUCAUCUCUGAUGUAGGGAAAGACUACGACGAUGCGGCUGCAUUGUUAGUUCUCAAAGAAUUUCACCGCUUGGGGCAUGUCGAACUGCGUGCCGUGGUGGCCAACCUGAUGCCAGCAGAUAAAAGGACGCGGCUUGCCAGGGCCUGGCUCGAUGCCCUAGGACUGCAAAAUGUGCCAGUAGGAAGAGGCACGCGCGGGAAGCCCGACGAAGAGGAAGAGCUGGAAUUGGAAUAUGAAUUCAGUUGGAAUGAUUUCGUGAUGCCUGCAGACGUCCCUCAGCGAGACGGGCAAGAUCUUCUACUCGAGGCCUAUCAACAUGCCAAGGCGAAGGGCGAGAAGUUGUACCUGCUCUGCCUGUCAUCGCUGCAAGACAUACACAAAUUCGCAUCCGCCUAUCCUGAUUUGGUUGCACACUACACUGCGGAGGUUCACAUGCAGGGUGGCAACUAUAUAUCUAGCGAGGGCAAGCUGGAGCCAGAUAGGAGUGCUGCUAACAACCGUUAUAACUGGGAAGCCGCGAGGGCAUGGCACUCCUUCCUACAAAAAAAUGCUCUCCCGAGCUACACCUACACGAAGGCGGUUGCCUUUGCCGCAGCCUUAAGCUCGGAGGUGUUCGUGGAGUUGGAGGCCUCGGGCCACCCCAUCGGUUCGUAUCUGCGCAGAGUGCAGGUGGAGCAGGAUUUGGCAUUCUACAAGCAAGCGUGCGAAAGCGACCCGGAGAAGCGGUUUGCACCCUUCAUGGACCAGCAGUGGUUCCUCGUCCACAAGACGAAUUGGCAGCAGAGACCGAACGCCGAUUUAGGAGCCGGCCUGCCGAUAGGCGAGGAAGUCAUUCCCUAUCUGUCCAAGAUCGUGCUAUACGAUGUGCAUGGUGCUCUGGGCGUGUCUGGCGAGGAUGUCAUCGAGAAGUUGGGAAUAUUCCGGAGUAGGGACCGCAGCAUUGAGGUGGAGUUGAAGUCGACAGGGAAGGUAGUGAGGGUCCAUCAUUGGAUCGCAGACGAUGAGCAGAGCGUCGCGGUACCAGAUAAGGUACAUGCGGUUCUAUCGGCUCUUUUGAAAGGCUCCCUUCUUGACGCUUUACGUUAUAGUAACUUGUAAGAGUUUUGUGAUUUUUGAACGUUAUAAUAACUUCUAAAAUUUAGAUUUUUAUUAAGAGUGGAUAUAUCAUUUAGCAUUUUAUAUGAGGAUUUGAUUUGAUUUGAUGAUAUUUUAUAUGUGGUAUUUACCAUUAUAUUUAAUAAAGAUUUGUUUUAGUGGUGGUUUUCACUGCCAUUCUAUUUUAGUUA